UAUUUGGAUAGUCAAAUGCAUUAAUAAUUAACGAGCUUAUGAUUAAUAAAUUAUUUCCUUCACAUGCCAUUUUUGUAUUUAAAAUUUGUAAAAUCCUACCUAAUAUAUCACGAGUAUAAUCUUUAAUGGCACGCCACUUCCAAUUUUCUCCUACCAAAAUUAAAUGGCUACUCUAAUUUUCCUAAUCAUUUUCUCUCUCCCAAUCUUGUUCAUCUUCCUCCUCAUCCGUAAAAACCGGUCACCGGGGCAUCCCGCCCGCCGCCCGCCGGGGCCAAAAGGGCUUCCGUUCAUCGGAAACUUACACCAACUAGACACAUCGAAACUCCACCUAUGCCUCACUCAACUCUCCAACAAAUACGGCCCACUCAUGUACUUAAAACUCGGCCAAGUUCCACUAAUCGUUAUUUCUUCAGCCGAAGUAGCCAAACAGGCCUUAAAGCAAAACGACCUCGUUUUUUCAGGAAGGCCGAAUUCGACUUCCUCGAAGAGAUUAUCGUAUGGUCACCUCGACAUCGUGUCCUCGUCCUACAACGAGUACUGGAGGGAGAUGCGGAAAACGGUCGUCCUUCAUCUCUUCACACUCAAGCAAGUACGCUCCUUUCGAGACGUUCGCGAAAGCGAGGUCUCUCGCAUGGUCGCUGAAAUUACGAAAAUGACCCUGGCCCGUUCGGGCCGGGCCGUCGACUUGAGCGAGAGGGUGAUGUACUACAGUGUGAACGUUUUGUGCAGAGUUGCGUUCGGGAAGAGGUUCGAUGAGGAAAAACAACUGGACGUACUUUUGCUCGAGCUUCAAAAAUCCACCAUGGACUUGUUUGUGGCUGAUUAUUUUGCUCCACUUGGUUGGAUUGAUAAAUUUUCGGGUGUCGAUUCUCGACUCGAUAGGGUUUUCGAGAAAAUGGAUUCGUUUUUCGAAGAAAUUAUCGAAGAGCAUCUUAGUUCGAAUAGGCCGAAGUCGAUGGAAGGCGAUUUUCUUGAUCUUUUGAUCCGGUUGAGGGAAGAUACUUCAGCUUCGGUUAAGAUUGAUUGGAACAAUAUCAAGGCAAUACUCAUGGUAUGUAUUUUUAUAUUCUUGAUAAUCACACAGAACAUUUUCGUCGGUGGAACGGACACGAGCGCAUCUACAAUAGUUUGGGCACUGACAGCUCUAAUGAAGAACCCUAGUGCAAUGAAGAAAGCACAACAAGAAAUCAAAACCCUAAUAAGUAACAAGAAAAGCUCGAUAAACGAAGACGAUAUCGAAAAGUUGCCCUAUCUCAAAGCAGUCAUAAAGGAAACUAUGAGAUUGUACCCACCACUUCCAUUGUUGAUCCCAAAGGAGACAAUGGAGAAGUGUACGAUAAACGGGUACGAAAUCGAACCAAAAACAAUUACGUUCGUUAACGUAUGGGCCAUCGGUAGAGAUCCAGAGUAUUGGGAGAGCCCGAACGAAUUCUUGCCUGAGCGGUUCUUGAAUAAUAAUAACGACGAAAAAAUCAUUGAUUUUAAAGGGCGAGAUUUCGGGUAUAUUCCGUUUGGGUCGGGCAGGCGAAGCUGCCCGGGAUUGUCUCUCGGAGUUGCGGCUGUGGAAAUGGCGUUGGCCAAUCUUCUUUACUCGUUCGAUUUCGAAUUGCCUCGAGGAAUGAGUGAAGAAGAUGUUGAUACUGAUGCCUCUCAAGGGUUAACCGUGCAUAAGAAAAACCCUCUUUGUGUUGUGGUGAAACUUUCAUGAUAUGUGGUUAAUAUUGUUGGGGGUGGCAGCUGCCCCUCCAAGAA